AUGCCACCUUAUUCCCUUCACGAUAAUCAAGUCUCUACCUCUUCAUCAUCAGAAAGGAGAAAUAUUGCUAGUAUCGGAGUGUUGGAACAUCGUGUUAAUUGUAUUAUUGGAGUGAAUCCAGAGGAGAGAGUCAAUACACAAGAUAUUCUGAUUGAUAUUGAAGUACAAUAUGAUAUUAGUCAAGCUGCUGCAUCGGACAAUGUUGUGGAUACGUUCAGUUAUGUGGAUUUGAGAGAUUUAGCAACAGAAUUGGCUACUACGAGAAAGUACCAAUUAUUGGAAACUUUCUGUGUUGAAUUCAUUGAUAGAGUUGAGAAGGAUUACAUCUCCAAGGGAGUCUUGAGUUGUUUUAUCCAAAUUAAAAAGCCAGAAGUGAUGAAAACCACCAAAUACCCAUACGUUGCUCUGAAGAGAAAUUUUGUCCAAUUCUAA